CCGAGAAAUUCAGACUUCCCUGAGCGUUUACUGAGGUAAAGCAGGGUGUUUAACGCCCAAAACGUGGAGAAAGGAGCGAGAUAUUUCUGAACGCUUCGGGAAUUCAGGUUCCGAGACCAAACUGGACUAAACCACACAGACUACAGGGUCGGGAUGGACGAGGCAGAAAAGUAUCAGCAGAGGCUGCAGGCCAUUGCAGAGAAGAGGCGAGCACAGGAGGAAGAGGACAGAGCAAGGAGAGAGAUAGAGGAAGAGUGGCUGAAGCUUGCACAGCGCAAGAGGAAGUCUCUAAGAGACCAGUGGCUGAUGGAGCCAACGCCCAGCAGUACUGAGGCUUCUGGGACCCAAACUGCACCCUGGACCCCCACUCAGACAGCAGAGGAGAGCGCAGAAGAAACACAAAGCACACGAAAGGAGAUGAAGGAAGAAGAUGAGAAAACGGCAAACAUGAAUGAUGAACAGCCGGCACGAUUUAUGGAGACUGUACCCUCUGGCCUUUCAAAGAAGAACAAAGGGGAUCCUACACAAGCAAACUCAGGAGAGCAGGAAAAGGCAGAUGGUGCAACAUCUAAAACUGUUUUGGCUUCUAACCCUGGAGUCCUUCUUCAGAAGGGACCCCUGGAAAGAUCAGUGCUCGGAGUGCUGGAGAUUCAGGUGGAGAGAGACCCAAAAACUGGUGCCACCACCAUUAAGUCCAUGGCUCCGCUAUCAUCAGCAGCACUAGAUGCUACAGGACAAGCCGUGUUUGAUGAUGGCCGGCGGACAGUGCAUGCUGUGGGAGAGCUGGAGGGCAGCCAACAUUCAGAAGCAGAGCUAAGCCAGAUUCUCAAUGCUAUCUCUGAUGUGGGCAUGCAGACCAUACUAGAUGGUGUGGCCAUCACCUGCAAUAAAGAACAAGAAGAACAGAAGGAGAAAAAGGCACAGACCGGAGAACCAGAGUUUGAACAGUCAUCAGAAGAUGCAGGGGAGCCAACUGAUCUAAUCCAUGAUCCAUUACAGCAAGAAAAACAACAGCAUUGUUCUUCAGCUGUCAGCAAACUUGAAGAGGAAGAAGGAGGGCUCAAUGAGAGGAGAGAUGUGGUGGCUGAAGAGGAGCGGGAUAAAGGAAAGGUGAGAGAAAGGGAGGUUGGAGUGGAAGAAGAUGAAUGGGAAGGGGUGAAUUGUAGGCCAGAAGAAGGCCUGGACCCAGUGGUGCUGACCUUCUUGGGCUUCACACAGGUUCAGACAGGCUCAGGGCUGGGUUAUGAAGAUGAAGGAGGUCUCCUGAAGGUGGAACAAAUCUUCAUUGCCAGUGACGAAGACUCAAAGGUGGAUCCAUCUGAGGAGCUGAGCCCCAUUACAGCUGAAAAGAUGCCUGAACAUGAAGAGUCUACAAAAUGUGAAGAGUCACAGUCUGAGCCAGGUGUGUCCUUACCCUCUUUCUCAGAAAGAACCCAAGAAGAAACCCCUCCUGAAGUGACAUUACAGAUGGUUUGUUUAGAUGUAGAACUGGGUGCAGGUGUAUCUGUGCCAUUGCAGGAGCUGAACAAUGUCUCUGAUAUAAUGGAUUCUGAAGAAGCUGCAGAAGAUUCAGUAACAGAGGUCCAACACAAUCUGCCACAAAUUCCAACUGAAACAACCAAUGUUGCAGGAGAUGCCAAAGAAGUUCUUGAAGAUUCCACAGAAGCAGUCACAGAGAACACAGAGGAACAGGGAAUAUGUACAUCCAGAACUGGUGUUGAGGCACAAAGAGUGGUAAAACUGGAAGGAAAGCAUGAGUCAGAUCUUGAAGAUGAUGUCUUUCAAGAUGUCCUAUUAGAUGGCAAUGGAGAAACAUCUCAGACUUUGAUAGAGAGUGAAACAGUGGCUCAGAGCAUCGGGCAAGUGCCAGAAAUCCAGACUCUGGUGUCUCCAAGUGUAAUUCUAAACAGAGCAGGAGGAGAGACGUCAACAAAAAACAAGACAUGCCAAUGUUGCACUGUCAUGUGAGCAAGCGCUCCAACAGCUCAUACAGAUUCCUCGGUGUAUCCUCAAUCCCUUUUUUAUCAGGCAACUUUUGUCCUUUUUUCUGUUCACCAUGUACUCUAAAGAAUCAGUGCAGAUAUUUUACAUGUGAAUUAGUAGCUCUGUUGGAAAGCAAACAUCUGAGCUGCCAUGAUUCAAACCACUUAUGUGCCUUGAUGGAGUUUUGUAACCAAGUGUUACAAAUCAUUGAUGCCCCCUGCUGGGCACAUUGUUUCAUUGAAAUAUGAGCAGCAAUUUGUGGACAUGCUGAAGAGAAAUAUUUCUUUAUGUCACACAUUCAUUUUUAUUCUUAUUUCUCUUUUUGGCUUUGCACUGAGCUGUUUUAAUUCAGAAUUUGAAACCAUUUAGAAAAAAAUGGACGGUGCACUCGACUUUAGAGGACAUCAUAGUUCCAAAUUAGACUGAUGUGUUCCAUUUGUCUGAUUUUGUUUGUUCAGUAUGCAGUCAUCAAGAUAUGAGCUGUAUGUUUUAUUUUUAGCAAUAUGUAUUAAAGGGGAAUUCUGAAAAUUCUACAUAAUGUAAUCAAUUGAGAUGUAAAAGUGAUUCAGAAUUUUACAGAAAAUAGUGAAACAGUCAACAGUUAUUACACAAAAUGGUAACGUAUAUGCUGCCUGAUGUUAUAGACAUUGUUUUACGAUAGUUCUGAAAUAUGGUUUUGGCACAAAAUGCAUUUUUUAAAACACAUUCAUGACAGAAGUUACUUGUAGGACACUUGUUUUUAAAAAAAAAAAAGCCUUUUUUUGUUUUUUUGAGAAUUAUGACUAUUUUCCUAUAAUCCACUUCAUAUAU